GAGAGACUGAGCAGAGGCGGGAAAUGGCGCCUGGUAACACAACGAUGUGUCGUUUCGAAGACGGCCCUUGAGGAGAUCUACAGAAAAAGUCGGCUCAGAUCACGAAAACACCCACUGCCUCUGUUGUGAUGGUCAAUCGAUCUUGAGUCGUUAUCGCCAGACACUGCAGAUCACUGUAAACCUUACAUGUGACUGCUAAAACAAUGAGGCUGAGAAUGCGUAAGGCGUCUCAGCAGCCGAACCCCAGUCUGGCAAGCCGCCCAUCCCGUACCAAGCGGAGGCAUUCAGAAGUAGAAGAGGACACUCCCACUAGUGGAGGGAGGGGCAUAUUCUCCACCAUCAAGAAGUUCAUCAGAGGAAAUGCUGUUAAGGUGCAGCAGGAGAGCCCAGCCAAGAAGACACGCAUCCACUGUGAUGUGGACAACAACCUGAUCACCUCUACAACCCCGAGCACCAACACCCCCAGCCGGACUAUCACCAGGGUUGGCAGGAGAGGCUCCCUUAAUGGACAAGCAACCAAUCACGACAGGAGUAAGGAGAAGCCCAAUGGCAAUCUGGAGGAGACGACGGCCGCUGAGCUACCCACGAGCCCUCCCAGAACCACCCUUCUUGGGACCAUCUUCUCCCCUGUUUUCAACUUCUUCUCACCAGCUAAAAAUGCCUCCUCUGGCUCAGACUCCCCAGACCAGGCAUUAGAGGCCGAGGAGAUAGUCAAGCAGCUGGACAUAGAGCAAGCUGUGGAGACGCCCACCAGCACAGCCACUUGUACACAGGAACUGUGUGCCACCACUAACUUCUACUCUAGUGUAUCACAGCUGCCACCUAUGCGACCUCCACACAUCCCCGAGGUAUCUCCCACAGCAAGGGAUGGAGAGCUCUGUGCUGAUGCUGACCUUCCACCACUCACAGCUCCAGGCUCCAGUCCAGAUCUGGCAUAUGUGGACGCUCCUCCCACCGCUGUACCACCAGAGGCAACCUAUGAGGAAGACUGGGAAGUCUUUGACCCGUAUUUCUUCAUCAAGCACGUCCCUCCUCUGACAGAAGAGCAGCUCACUCGUAAGCCAGCCUUGCCGCUGAAGACACGCAGCACGCCUGAAUUCUCUCUGGUCCUCGACCUGGAUGAAACGUUAGUUCACUGCAGUUUAAAUGAGCUGGAGGACGCAGCACUUACCUUCCCUGUCCUCUUUCAAGAUGUCAUUUACCAGGUGUAUGUGCGCUUGAGGCCGUUCUUUCGAGAGUUUCUGGAACGCAUGUCUCAAAUCUAUGAGAUCAUCCUUUUUACAGCCUCUAAAAAGGUAUAUGCAGACAAACUGCUCAACAUCUUGGAUCCUAAAAAGCAGCUUGUGAGACACAGGUUGUUUCGUGAGCAUUGUGUCUGUGUCCAGGGAAACUACAUCAAGGACCUCAACAUCUUGGGCAGAGAUCUGUCCAAGACCAUCAUUAUCGACAAUUCACCGCAAGCCUUUGCAUAUCAGUUGUCCAAUGGUAUUCCCAUAGAAAGCUGGUUCAUGGACAAGAAUGACAAUGAGCUGCUGAAGCUGGUGCCCUUCCUGGAAAAGUUGGUUGAGAUGAAUGAGGAUGUGCGGCCGCACGUUCGGGAGAGGUUCCGGCUUCACGACUUGUUGCCCCCUGAUUGAACUUGACCACAGACUCUCAGAACGGGACAACAUGAAAUGACUGAAAAGAACAUGCGUGUAAAAAGCCCCUCUUUGGAUUACAAACUACAACAUUGCCAUUACUGUUAAAAUUUUAGCCUUUUUUUAAAUUUUGUUUUUGUUUUUAAAUCCACCGUUGCUUUUUUUAAAAAAAAGAAAAAAACAUUUUUAAAGAUCUGGAUGAAAUUUUCUAAAUACAUAGAUAAAAUUACACGCGCUAUGAACAAGCCCAGGUAAACUCCUCUUUUUGACUGACUCUCCAGCUGUGGAACAUCUUGGUGCUGGUUUAGUGGAUAUAGGAAAGCCACCUGGUAAAGAGGAACUCAAGCCCGGCCGAGUUCCUGAACCCAAAACCAACCCCUGGUGCUCACGCUGUUGGCGCUGACGAAUAACUAUGCUCUGUGGCUACAGACCAUUUUUAGUGGGAAUGACUGGCCUGUAAAUCAAUGUGUGUAUGUUUACUCCUAGCCACACACAAACACACACUGAUUUGGUGUUUGGCAAACCUACAAUCUGUAGCCUUUAAAAUCAUAUGCAUUCCUUCGUAGCCGAGUCAAGUUUCUAUUGUUGGUUGCAGUUUUUUUUUCUUUUUCUGGUAAAACUGGUGUUUCAUUGUUUAAAAAAGAAAAGGAAAAAAAUGUUUUACUUCUGUUUGUAAGAUAUAAUGUUUUAAAAGGGGUCGUGUACGAUUUUAUUGUAAUCCUUUUUUUUUUUUUUUUUUCUUCUUUCUAUUAGGAGAACAUGGGUGCAUAUUAAUGACAGUCCACUGCAUAGUCAAACGAAAUGGAAUUACUCCAGGACUUUAAGUAUAGUUUGUUCUUGUUCUAACAAAUAGGUUUAAAUUGAUGUGUUGGCGUCACUGUGGACACAUGACUCCUUAUUUAAAUGUUAGGAUCAAAAAUCUCCUUACCUGUAAAUCUGACAUAUUGUAAAGGUUUGAGGGUUAUUCAUUUUCAAAGUGAUAUGUGUCAAUGUUAACCUUUCUUUAAUAAUAGUAUUUGAUUUGUCUAUAAUCAGUAUUGUCUUUUACUCCUAAUCAAGUAUUCUGGCUAAAAUCAGAGCUCUUUCUUUUAGUUGUAAUGUGAUGGCAGUAGCAUUAUGACUAAUGUAGCACAUCUCUGCCAGUGUGUCAUAAAGUCUACCCAUGGUAGAAACCUAUGGCCAGACCCUGUAUCAGCCAUAUCUGGCACCAGCAACAUACUGUUUUAACAGUCAGCUUCACUGACUGCUACUCUUACCAGUUUCAUUUUUUUUUUUUUUUUUUUUUUUUUACAUACUUUUCUUUUUUAUGUUUAGUGCAGUUUAAAACGUGUUUAAGAAUGGUAACUAUAUGAAUGUGUUUCUGCCUGACAUUAGCCUGGACACUCAAGCCCAACUGACAUUUUACUCCUCUGUUGUUUCAACUUAAUUUAUUUAAUGGAGACAAACAGUAGGCAGAAAUGUAGAUGUUUUUGUUCGCAUCCUUACAAGCCUAAACCUGGGUGAUAAAGACAGAAAGCUCACAUGCCUGACUGUCUUCUGUCAUUGCCCAAAACCCUCAAGAGUUGACUUGAAUCUCUGCCUGAAUUUGGCAUGCACUGUUCAACCUUUUUCAGUUCUUGUUCAGUUUAAAUCAAAGUGCAUUUUAUGUUAAAGCAAAUGAGUGUUUGGAUUUGUCUGGGUUGCCUGUACAGUGCCAUACGAUCCCCCUCCUUAGAAAUCCCCCUGCCCCCAUAGCAUUUCCUACGCUCUCACCCCUAAAAUGCUUAGAUGGAAAGAGACAAUCAGACCUCAAAUCUUUGCAGAUACCUGGAGACACCCAGACUUCCCCUAUUAAUAUUUUUUUUUUCCUUCGGUGUGCUGUAUGUAUUGCGUACUGUGAUUCCAUUGAGUUGUACCUCGGUCCCCCCCUGUGAGUUAAGUUGCCAGGUGAAUCCUGCUGUGCCCUGCCCAAACAAUCCCUGCUGCUCACUUAAUGCAGGUUGUGCAUCAGAGAUGGUUUUCAUCUGUUAAGCGCCUGCCUGCCUUUUGCCUCUUUUUUUUUUUCUUCUUUUUUUUCACCCAAAGUUAGUAGCUCUCCAGAAAUUAGGACUAGUUUGUAUUCAAGUUUGUUACAGGGCACAAUGGUGUUUGCUCAGACAUAAUGUUAUGGGUACACAUGUCCAGACUAUGAAUGUAAAUUGUACAUGGGGGGUGAAGUCUUAAGUGUCUUUCCAAAUUCCUUGUUUUGUUCUCUCCUCAUCAACUAAAACAAACCGAUGAGAGAGGGAUGGUAGCUCGUAUCUACCAUUCAUAGAGAGGAGGCAAGAGCAAUGUGCAUGUAUGGAAGAGGAAACAUGUCUUGAGGUCCCACCAUGGUAGCCCCCUCCCUACCCCUAUGAGCUCUCACCAUCCUGACUGCCAUCUCCAAGCCUAAUCUUGAGUGUGUGAGACCAGGUGGGCUCAUCCCCCUCAGUGUGAUUAUAGUUAUCGGUCAUUGCUUGUGUCUGAAGGGUUGGUGGGAGGCAUUUGAUACUUUUCAUCUAGCUCCUUUUUAUGUGCAUUAUCAGUUUAUUGUACACGAAGUGUUGUACAAUACAUGCAGCUUCAUGUUUAAAAAAAAUCCUUAAAGUAAGGAAAAUCUUUUGUAUUUUUGAUUUCAAAAGGCAUGUCAUAUCUACUUUUUAAAUGUAUUAAUGAAGAUUUAACUUUACAUCAGAUGGAGUGUUUUUUUUCUUACAAAUAUCUGUAUGUUUAGUUUAGCGCAAUGUCACUGAACUGUUAAAUUUAGCAUGUAGAGAAUACCGCUUGCUUUGUGGGAAAGUCCUGAAUUAAAUUUUAAUCAUGGCACUUUUUCUGCAGAAAAGA